AUGGCGCGGCCACAGCAACGGUACCGCGGCGUGCGGCAACGCCACUGGGGCUCCUGGGUCUCCGAGAUCCGCCACCCGCUCCUGAAGACGAGGAUCUGGCUGGGUACCUUCGAGACGGCCGAGGACGCGGCGCGCGCCUACGACGAGGCGGCGCGCAUCAUGUGCGGCCCGCGCGUGCGCACCAAUUUCCCCGAGGACGCCGCCACCGGCGACGGGCAGCAGCAGGCCACGUCGUCGUUCCUCUCCCCCGCGCUCGUCGACAAGCUCCACCGCUUCAAUCUCGCGUCCGUGCAGGCGGCGCGCGGCAAGGCCGACGCUGCCUCGGCCGCAGCAGCAGCCACCGCCUCGGCGCCCGCCGUGCUCCCGCGCUUCGCGGCGAUGCCUUCCGGCAAUGCCGCCGUGGGAAUCGCCCCCUCGCCGUCGGCGGCGGCGGGGGACUGGAGCGGCGGGUUUCUUGAGGAGCAGUACGUGGACCAGAUGAUCGAGGAGCUGCUAGACUCCAACUUCUCCAUGGAGAUCUCCUACUAG